GUCGACCUAUGCACUUUCACGACGAAACGAUCGCAACCAGCCACCAUGGCUCCCACGACAGACGCGACAAUGCCGCCGGUGCGGCGCGCUAGGAAGUCCAUCGGAUCAUCUACAUUUGGACGCAAAGGUCACGACAAGGAGAAUGCGACCAUUGACUUGGGCAGUGCCAGCGUGACAAAUCGCAAGUCACGAAGCAAAAGCAUGGGCCCUGGCGGACUGGAUGCUUUGCAACAGGCCAGCGGUAACAGGCGUGCGUCUCUAGCUGCGCCCCUCAAGCCGCGGUCGAUAUUGAAACCCACCAUCGCGGCACUCCCAGAGAUACCCUUACUUAAGAAGAAGCUUCUUCCCGACGCGCCAGCCAGGAGCAGUUCAUUAUCGUCGGCGAACGACGACUCUAGUGGAUCGAAAAUCGCCCUGCGUACAGAGGAGGAGCAACAGGCAGCUGCGCGAGAGCGAGACGAGCGUCAACGACGCGACGCACGCAGAAAGUCACUGGCGAAUCGCCGUGUAUCGUUUGCUGCUGAGGCCACAUUGCAUACCUUCAGCAUACCGGACUUUCAAGACACCACAGCAUCUUCAGAGGCAUCCAGACGCGCCUCCGCUAAGGCCGCAGCAGCAGCGGAAUCCGAUGAACAACCCGAAGUGGAACAAGCUGGCAUAUUGGAGGCCCAUGAGGAAAGUCAGCAAGCACGAAGUCGGCGGAGCUCUGGGCUGCCACAGUUUCAUGACAGAGCCGACGAUACAGCGACAACUUUAUACAGUUCUGACUCUGAACCGGCUGAUGUGGUUGAGGAGAUCGCAUCCGAUGAGGAGGAGGAAGUGGACUCAAACAGCGACUCUGCCGACGAUGGGACCAUGAUGACUAUGGUCACAGAGGAAGUGACCGGUACCACCAAUGCGUCGGAUCGUUCAGACCAAUCCCUGGACUCAGAAGAUGAAGCAGAAUCGUCGACUCUUGACGAAGUUCUUCGACAAGCUGCUCAUCGUGCUGGCAUGCAGGACCUGACGGAAAAUCCAACGGCAUACGGGCAAAAUAACGACGACUAUAAGGAAGAAGACGACGAGGAAGUGAUCCCGUCUUUUGGGUGGAUCAAGAAACCCAGCGCACUGCCUACUGCAACUGCGGCUGCCGGCGGAUCUGGCCGCGCGACUCCUUCUGGGACAGAUCUUGCAGACGCGCGUGAUGGCGAUACCCAAGCAUCGCUAGGCAUGGAGAUGGAUAUGACAUCAGCUGUUGGAGGUAUCCUGAAGCCAAUGCCUGAGGAGGAAGGAGAACCUGAUAUGGACGAGGACAUGUCCAUGGACGUGACUAAGGUGAUCGGUGGCAUUCUCGGUCAGAACAGAGUCCAGCCGGUAGACGACGCGCCAGAGGUAGAAGACGAGGAGCAGCCCAUGGAAGAAGCCACCAGGGAACUCACCACAGCGAUUGGCGGUAUCCGUUCCGCACAGCAUGACGACUACGAGACAAAUCACGAAGGCCACGAAGAUAUGUCAAUGGAACUCACAACGAUAUUGGGUGGCGUGCUGGGCAAGAACAAGCGUCCUACAGUCACCAAUACUGGACCUGUUGAAGACGCGACAAUGGACAUGACCACCGGAUUCGGGCGUAUCGUCAUAGAGAGCGAUAAGCCAGAGAACAAUGAUGGGGAGUCCACCAUGGGAAUGGAUGUCACGACAGCUAUUGGAGGCAUCAUAGGGUCUACCAAUGGUGGAUCUCCCAUGCGCGAUUUGGGCAGGAAGAUCAUGGUAGAGGAAGCCGAUACACCUAAUAGCCCGGGCAAGGCUAUUCGGGCUGCUGUGUCACAGGCGCCGGCGAGCCGCUCAAAGUCACCACUGCGCCACGCCGAGAACGACGAGAACGCAGAUCCUGGACUAUGGGCGUUCGCUGGGCAAGGCCUUCGUCGUAGUAUUCGAGCGCCUGCUGCUGCCGAAGUAGCGGCAGCCGCUCCUAGUUCGAGGACACCAUCGCCGGAGAAGUCAGCGACGCCGCGCUCGCGACCACGCUCACAAUCGACUUCACCGAGGAAACAAGUCCCCGCACAGCAGCAACGCAUCACACGAUCUGCGACUAGGUCCAAGUCCAAGUCUGCAUCUCCAGAGAAAGUUUCCCGACAACCUUCUGCUGAAAUUCUUACUCCAUCGCCAACCAAAAGACCUCGCAGGCGCUCCUCGAUAGUUCAAAAUGCUGUUGCAGGAACCCCGGUGUCCCAGGUGACACUGACUCCUCAGAGACCGCUGACUGGGGUUGGGGUCGAUCGCAGCGGUCUCGGGUCACCCAAGGUCGCUGUUCUCCUCGACCGAAGAGAAUCUCUAGGGAAUGCUGCUACGGAUUUCGUUCCAGGGACAAGAGCAGUGACAUUUCAGGACCCCCGUGACUUGGCAGAACAAGUCGACCGUGAGCGGCAAGAAGAAUUCCAGAAGGAAGAUGACCACACGGCAGGGCAGGAUUCAACAUUCAACUUACGAGGGAUGAUCGACAGCCUCAGUCCCAAGCGAAUGCCCCUCAAGGGCCGUAAAAGCCUUCACGUUGGCAGUGCAAACGGUCUGUUGGGCAAGCGGCCAGCCGAGCUGGACGACGAUGACGACAGCGACGCAGAGCCCCGUGAUGGCGUCAAGAGGCUAAAAGGGCAUCAAGGCAGCCCUGUUAAGAACGUUCGCCUUCAGAAUCCCCCGUCGAGGAUCGAAACAACAGGUGGUCUGAUGAGAUCAUCUCAACUGAACCUGGAGCAACCCGAGACGACACCACUGUUGUCAUCUCCUGGAAAGAACGGCCAGUCCGAGACCCCAAGACACCAGCUGCGCUUCAAAGAAGCUGAGGAGGAUCCUACCACAAGAGAGGUCGACUUCCACCACUCCCCAGUGAAAGAUGCGGCGCAAUUAGCGAGGGCAGCCGAGGAAGGCCGUAUCCACCUUCAAGAUUUCCUCAAUAUGACCUCGAUCCGAUUCAUGGAAUUGACGACAACGAAACGCCGCCACACUGCUGCCCCGGCCUCUUUCAAGAACGGGCAUCUCGCCAGCGGCGAAGAGGAUACGUCCCUCGAACGUUACGUCGUGGCCGGCGCAUGCACCGUUCCCACACUCGAGUUAUAUCAGCACUGCUGUCGUGAGCUGAAGAAGUAUAUCUCGAAGGGGCGACGGAUUGUCAAAGACGUGGAAAUCGAUACCUUCAAUGAGAAUCCUCCUUUGUUUCGGGAAUAUGUCACAGCGACCCCGGAUGUCAAGGCGCUGAUGGACAGCCAAUUCAAAAACGUCAAAACGCACGCUCGACUCCUCAGCAAAGCCAAGUGGUAUGAAUGGCGUAUGAUGGUGCAGGAUGGGCUGAGGCAGGGGCUGUUCAAGAUCUCGGAGGAUAUGGAGAGCGACGCAGCGCUUCUACAGAAGCAGACCGAUCUCAUAGCUUCAGUGUUACCUGAGCUUGAAAAGCGCCACCAACGCCUCUUGGAAGAAAGUGCCGACCUCGAAGAGGUAGCGCAGGAACUGGCCGAGUCUGAUCCUGCCGUUCUCGAAGCCACACGGGAAGACCUGACUGAGCUGGAUCUGGACAUUGCUCGCAAGAGGAAGAUGAUUGCUGAUCUCCGUCAAGAAUACGAGGAAUCGGAGGCCGAGGUUCAGCUGCUGUCCGAGAAAAAGGACAGCUGUCUGGCAGAGAUUAGCCAGUCGGAGAGGAUCCGCGAAGCCUGCCGUGGUUGGACAAGUGCAGACAUCGACACGUUCAGAGUUCUAGAUGGGGUGCAGGCGAUCACACAAGAGCACGGCUGGGCAGUAACGGGUAUCACAGGAACGAAUCUCUCUAUGGCUUACAAAGGCGAGGUCCAGUUGGAUUUCGAUACCGCAACUCUACAAUCCGCCUCACCCGACUCGCGUCUCGAGAUACGGUACGUUGGCGACCAGAAAGAAUACAACGCUGUGGCCCAGACACCGGAAAAAGAGGCCGUCCUGCACUGCAUCCGGAACCAGGUCCGAGCUAUAGCACAAGAUCGUACAAGUUUCGCAAAGGUGCUGUCGUUUGUGGCCACCGGAUGGCACAAAGCACAGUACGUUGGCUCGCAGUUGCGGAGGAUAAACACAACCCUCCCCACGACAGUGGAGAAAAUGUCCGACACAAGCUUCCUGGUGAAGACGUCGAUUCUCUUGGUACCGCUGGAGACUCGAGUUGAGAUUGUGCUCAGCUUGCACGGCCGCGAGAGCUUGGAACGAGUCGAUUUCGACAUCCGUCCCGCUGCCAAGGUUGUCUACGGCGAACAUUUCAACGAGGACAAAAUCAACGAGUACCUCACCACUCGGCUGGGUGAAUAUGUUGGUGCACUUGAAGAGGAUUGGAGCGAUAUUAUUAUUGAGCUACGCGACAGGCUUAUCGCGAGAGGGCAGAAACAAUGA